CCCAACAUGAAGCUUCUUUGUAUCCUUCCCUCAAGCAUUCUCUGGGCAGUGCAGACGCUUGCGAUGCCAGCUGAUCCCGAAGGCAUUGAAAGCUUCGCGCCUGUACCAGACGCCAACGCUCUUUUUAAACGUGCACCACAACACUGCGGAACGUUCAAAUUCAAGUGUAAAAGUUCGGCUGGUGCCUGUAACAACGCAUGCUACUAUAUCAACUGUGUAAAUAAAGGAAGAGCUGAUUUCACUUAUGGCACAAGUGCUGUCGACAAUCGGGUACACUCGGGAUGUUGGACCACGAACAAGGAGGCCACGCUUUGUCGGACUAAACCGUUUGUUCAAAGAUUCUGGGAUAGGCAAGACGACGAUGUGGCUCCGAAGCCCCUUUCGUGUGAUGAGUUUCCUAUGAAUGCGUUCAGACAGGGGCCGUAUCAACAGGGAACAAUCAGAAACUCAUUGAGAUGUAUCAAUGCCAAAGAGAACAGUAGUGGGGGGUCUCAAUUCCUACAAUUCAGAGACGCAAAGGGCGACUGGGCCAAAGGGGGCAAGCUGGCCGGGUCUCGAGAUUGUGAGGGGAAAAUGAAAGACGGGGAUACAUUCAAAGUAGACUGGAUCAUCGAUGGCGAUGAUGGUAUAUCGAAUGCUGAUCAAGACAAGCGAGUUCCAUACUGCAAACCAAAUCCCAAGUGUGACAAUGACGGUCACCAGUUUCACAUGAGUAAACUACAAGUAAACGACAAGGGCGUGGGAAAUUUGAGCAAUCCGUACAACUAUGAAAACGACAAUCACUAUGCACUCACAGGUAAGAGUGACAUCAAAGAGUAUCGAGCCACCAUUGAACGAAAAGAAGAUUGGGCAUCGAUCGAUGUCUUUGAAGUCGCUGGCUCUAAGAGGAUUGACAAGGGCACUGCUUCUGGCGCCUUUGGAGAUGGUAAGCAACUCAAAGUUGAAUUGGAGAAGCUUUCACACAUCUUGCGCGUAUAUGGAAGUGGGGGUAUUGGUACAAAAGUUACAUUCAUAUAUGCAAAAUCCGAUGCAGACACUUUGUCUGAUCUGAGUUUCUCGGAUGGCGAUAUUGGGUGGACUACAGAUGACAAGAGUCAAAAAGGAAGAUGGUGUGUUUCUGAACAGUGGGGUGGAAAGGAUGGGGAUUCUAGGAUGGAGAUUAUCCAGUGCAGUUUUCCGGGUCUUGCAUAGAAUCGGUCAUUUCUCUUGUUUCGAGGAGUCUCGUAUGUUGAUUUUUUCUCACCUACUUUUUUUUCUUCUCAUACACAGAACGCAUGAAGAUGUUUCACUUGCCUGGUCAGUAGGCACGAGCAAAUUAGUGGAUCUGGAUUCAGCAGGUAUAGCGUUCUUUCUCUGUAGUAUUUGCGGAGCUGCUCGG